CUUGGCUGAAUGAUGUGCCAUCCAUGAUUCCGAGAUGAUCAUCCCGAACACAGAUCUCGAAUCUGAUGCCUUCUCCUCUUUUCCUCGUCACCCUCACACCAUCAAGCCCUCUCCGGAAUCUCAGCGAUUGGCUGCACCCCGCAAAAGAUGUUCCUCGGGCUGCUCAGGUCCGCAUGCGGGGGAAGCACACGGACGUGGCUUUAUCGACAAGGUAGGACAGGUAGGUCGGUGAGGUUUCUGAGGACAAUCAGUUUUGCUAUUCUGUCAGUCGUCGUAGUCACAACGCCUCCUCCCUCUUCGCCUGCUGAGACUGCUACGAACGACCUCCUUCUUGAGCCACCAUGUCCGCCAGGAACGGUGUCAACGGCCAUGCCGAUGGCUCCUCGAAUGCCCUCUGCUCGGUGGAUGAAUUAGUAUCUCGCAAAUAUGACUUUGUUAUUGUUGGAGGAGGAACCGCUGGGCUGGCGGUCGCUGCUCGCUUGACGGAGGAUCCAAACGUCUCGGUAGCUGUCCUGGAAGCCGGAGAGAAUCGAAUGGAUGACAAGAGCGUGUCAACCCCUUCGCUCUAUCCUACAAUGAUCGGCAGGAAAGAGUACGACUGGUGCAUGACCAGCAUACCACAGCCCAAUGCAGGCAACAAGGUCUACUCGAUGCCGCGCGGGAAAGUACUUGGCGGCAGCUCUGCCAUCAACUAUCUCAUGUACGUCAGAGGGUCAAAGAAGGACUACGACGGAUGGGAGUCAAUGGGCAACCCUGGCUGGGGUUGGGACGAUAUGCUUCCUUACUUCAAGAAACACCAAACAGUGGACAACACGCCCAGACACAGCGAUCCACAAUUUAUGCCCAUUGCGGGAGGAGAUAAGUACCACGGAUCCAAUGGGCCCAUCCAUACCAGUUUUAACGACUGGUAUAUGCCAUUGGAGGUGGAGUUCGCCGAAGCUGCAUAUGCAGUCACUGGGACAAAGAAGACGGUCCACGACGCGUGGAGUGGCGACCAUCUGGGCUUCUAUUCGAGUCUGGGAGCCGUCAACAGGACCGACGAUCCCGGCAACCGAUCCUAUGCCGCCACAGGAUACCUUCGCCCGAACUUGAGACGACCUAACCUCAAAGUUUUAACUGAGGCGCAGGCCACCAAGAUCAUCUUGGACGGAGAUGCCGCCAAGGGCGUUGAAUUCGUGCACAAGGGCCAGAAAUACAGGGCUCAGGCAACGCGCGAAGUUGUUUUGUCCGCAGGUGUGAUUCAAAGCCCUCAAUUACUCGAACUCUCUGGAAUUGGCGACCCUGAGGUUCUCCGAGCGGCUGGUGUCGAGUGCGUCGUUGAGAAUAAGGGAGUAGGCGCCAAUUUCCAGGAUCACGUUCUCGGCGGACUCCUAUACGAUCUGAAACCGGGUAUUGAUUCCAUGGAUGCAUUGCACGGGGAAGAGUUCAUGAAGAUGCAGCAGGACGUCUAUCAGAACAGCCAGAAAGGGCUCUUCGCCAAUCCGGGGAUGAUGAUGGGGUUCGUGUCGUACGCGUCUGUGGUGACUCCCGACGAGCUUGAGGCGACCAUCAAGGAAAUCAAGCAGAAGUCGCUUGCAAAGACAGACUUUGAAAAGGCUCAAGAGAAGGUAAUCGUCGACCAGCUCCGCGACCCAACGUUUGCCAAUCUCCAAACCUUCUGCAUCCCCUGCCGCCUCGACGUGGCCAAGGGCUCGGAUCAGACCCUGUUCUUUGGCAAACCACCCAACGGAAAACAACAGCUCUCCUUACUUAUGUGCCUUGAACACCCUCUGUCAAGGGGAACAGUACACAUCAGAUCGUCGGACCCGCUGGCACCGCCAGAAAUCGACCCAGGCUACUUCCGGAACGAGGUUGACGCUAAGAUUCUCGCGGCGGGCAUGAAAUGGAUGGACCAGGUGGCCAAACACCCGUUGCUGGCGAAAUCACUCGCUGAGCGAGAACUGCCGCCCGAGACCGAGAAUCUAGACACCGAGGAGAAGAGAGUCGAGUAUGUCAAAAACCACAUCAGCACACAAUAUCACUUGAUCGGCACUUGUGCGCUGGGCGAGGUUGUGGACACAGACUUGAAGGUAAAAGGCGUCAAGAACCUGAGGGUGGUGGACGCCUCGGUCUUCCCUGGUCAUGUCUCUGGGAAUAUCAUGGCUACUACUUAUGCCGUGGCUGAGAAAGGCGCAGAUCUGAUCAAGAAAGAUAUUUGAGCACAAGAACUAACGAAUAGGCGAGACUCUCCAGGACGAGAGCGCUCAAAAGAUUGUCCGCCUUCACUUGACGAGACUCGUUUUGUGUUUCCUCUGCCUUCCUUCCUCAUCUCGAACUGCUACAUGCAACUACAAAAGGCCGGCCUCAAUUCCGGAAUGGAGUCACGCUCGCUUACUCACCAACGUAGGGAAAGAGAUGGAUGGAUGGACAUGUUGCUCCGUAUGGUGUG